ACAUGUGGGAAGGAUAAAGAUGAAUGGAGCAGUGAGUCCGCUGAUUGAUCGAUCCGGAAAGGUAACAAUAUAGAAUCCAGUUGGAAUGGGUUAUCUUACAUCAGGAUCGAGUUAACAAUGAUGAGAUGAGCCGUGAGGGGGGCGGCAAAGCUGGCCGCGACGUGCGGACUCGAACCCCUCUUCUUGUUUUCCGGGCGGCCAAAAGAUCUCGAACCCGAUUCGUCCCGUGGAAGCCGGGAAUCCACCGCCUUUACACGUGCAGCAGUUGGGAAUCAGCUGCUGGGUUGGGUUGGUCUGGAUGCGUGCGUGCGUACGUACGUACGUGGUGGAUGGUUGCCAAUUUGACCCUGUUUUCAGGACUCUUUGAUUGAGACUCUUCCGUGUUAGCUUAAACACGGGGUGUCGAAAAUGGCUUUGGCACCUGCUUGGGGACGGCGAGAUGUGCGUGCGUGCGUGACGCUGUCGUAGCAGGGAACCAGUGAUCUCAGCCCAUGUCGCCGCCAUUAACUCCGGUCGACUUGAUUUCGGUUUGGCGCGAAACCAGAUCCGUAGAAGAGACAGACGGCGUCGGCGUCGGCGUCGGCGUCUUUAUCUGAAUGAAUAGUGUACCUCUCGCCUGCACCGAAUAUCACCGGCAAGCUAGGCGGGCCCACCGGUGGACACCGGGCCGUGGCGGUCCGUCAGCUCCACUUCACAUAUUUUCUCUUAUUUGUCUAUAAAAAAAACACAUUUUCUCUUCUUUUCCGUUUGUUAUCACUUGCCAGAGAGCACCUGAUAAUUAGGUAGGACCGGCCGGGGUACGAGUAGGUAGGUUGUGAGAACAUCUCAAAAAAAAAAAAAAGUAGGUUGGGAGAAACCACGUGGUGCACGCACUCACGUGAAAGGCUCCCCCGCCAUUUUCGUCGGCCUCGCUUCCCGUAGGCCGGCGUGCGCAGCGCUCGUCCGCUGUCUCACGUCGCUGCUGCGCUGGCUCUCGCUGGUUCGCCAGCGCCAGAAUCCUCACAUUUCCUGCCCCGUCAGUCUCGGAAAAUUUCUUCUUCUCCCCGCAGCAGAACAAAAGAAAUAAAUUCCACCAGAAAGAAAAAUCAAAGGAUUCGCUGUAGAGUCGCUGUAAGUGUCACGUGGAACACGUGUGCUCCACACGGAUCUAGUGGGACCCGAGGAGAGGAGAGGAGAGGAGAGGAGGCAGGCGUCAGCAAGCAGCAAAGGGAGAGGAGAAUGGACGGCGACCACGCGCCGCAUUCCAACCAGCACCCGCCGCCGCCGCCGAUGCCGGAGCGGGAAAGCAGCUUCAACUACGACAUCGAGAGCAUGGACGGCGGCGGGUGGCGCGGCGCCGGGAGGUACGCCUCGUCCGACGCGCUGCUGCGGUACGACGACGACGGCCCGCGGGAGCCGCUGAUGCGGAAGCGCACCAUGAACACCACCUCCCAGAUCGCCAUCGUCGGCGCCAACGUCUUCGCCAUCGAGAGCCUCGACUACGAGAUUGUGGAGAAUGAUCUUUUCAAGCAAGACUGGCGAUCGAGAAAGAAGAAUCAGAUAUUUCAGUAUGUUGUUCUGAAAUGGGCAUUAGUUCUUCUUAUUGGCUUGUUGACUGGACUUGUUGGCUUCUUCAACAACCUUGCAGUCGAGAAUAUUGCUGGAUUCAAAUUGGUGCUCACAGGUGAUCUUAUGCUCCAGAAGAGGUACUUCACAGCAUUUCUGGCAUAUGGAGGCUGCAAUCUAUUCUUAGGAGCCACUGCUGCAGCACUAUGCGCUUACAUAGCACCAGCUGCUGCUGGGUCUGGUAUCCCUGAAGUUAAAGCAUAUCUUAAUGGAGUUGAUGCUUACUCUAUUUUAGCUCCCAGCACACUCUUUGUGAAGAUAUUUGGUUCAAUACUUGGAGUUUCAGGUGGAUUUGUACUUGGGAAAGAAGGUCCCAUGGUGCAUACAGGGGCAUGCAUUGCCAACUUGCUUGGUCAGGGGGGAUCACGCAAGUACCAUCUCACAUGGAAUUGGCUGAAAUAUUUCAAGAAUGACAGGGAUAGACGAGAUUUGAUUACAUGUGGUGCAGCAGCUGGAGUGGCAGCCGCAUUUCGUGCACCUGUUGGUGGUGUACUCUUUGCUCUGGAGGAAGCAGCAUCAUGGUGGCGAAGUGCUCUUCUAUGGAGAACAUUCUUUACAACUGCUGUUGUUGCUGUAGUGUUGAGGGCCCUGAUUGAGUUCUGUCGUAAAGGAAAAUGUGGUCUCUUUGGGCAAGGAGGGUUGAUUAUGUUUGAUCUUAGCUCGAACAUCCCAUCAUAUGGUACCCAAGAUCUCAUUGCGAUUAUUAUUCUUGGAGUAAUUGGUGGCGUCUUCGGAGGCCUUUUUAACUUUCUCUUGGAUAGGAUUCUUCGUGUCUACAGUAUUAUCAAUGAGAGAGGUGCCCCAUCCAAGAUCCUUCUCACCAUCACAAUAUCGAUCAUCACUUCGGCGUGCUCCUAUGGGCUCCCUUGGCUUGCUGCAUGCUCUCCGUGCCCUGUUGGUUCAAUGGAGGAAUGCCCCACCAUUGGCCGCUCUGGAAAUUUCAAGAGCUUCCAGUGCCCGCCUGGUCAUUACAAUGGUCUGGCAUCACUCUUCUUCAACACAAAUGACGAUGCCAUCCGCAAUCUCUUCAGCCGUGGUACCGAAAAUGAGUUCCACAUGUCUAGCCUUUUCGUGUUCUUCAUCGCUAUCUACUGCCUUGGUCUCGUGACAUAUGGCAUUGCUGUCCCAUCUGGUCUCUUUAUCCCGGUAAUACUUGCCGGCGCUACAUAUGGACGCAUUGUGGGGACACUUCUUGGUCCCAUGUCUGAUAUCGACCCUGGCCUCUUUGCACUGCUGGGUGCCGCAUCUUUCCUUGGUGGAACAAUGAGAAUGACGGUGUCAGUCUGCGUGAUCCUUCUGGAGCUCACAAAUGAGCUCCAUAUGCUCCCUUUGGUCAUGCUCGUCCUCCUGAUAUCAAAGACCAUAGCCGAUUGCUUCAACAAAGGGGUGUAUGAUCAGAUUGUGGUGAUGAAAGGCUUGCCAUUCAUGGAGGCUCAUGCUGAACCGUACAUGAGGCACUUGGUAGCUAGUGAUGUUGUGUCUGGGCCACUCAUCUCCUUUUCGGGUGUUGAGAAGGUGGGCAACAUUGUUCAUGCGUUAAGGAUCACGGGCCACAACGGGUUUCCAGUGGUCGAUGAGCCGCCUGUAUCAGAAGCUCCGGAGCUGGUUGGGCUCGUGCUUAGAUCACAUCUGUUGGUUCUUCUGAAUGGAAGGAACUUCAUGAAGGAGAAGGUGAAAACAAGUGGUAGCUUUGUGCUAAGAAGGUUUGGUGCAUUUGACUUUGCAAAGCCUGGUUCCGGGAAAGGUAUGAAAAUCGAGGACCUAGAUUUCACUGAGGAAGAAAUGGAGAUGUACGUCGAUCUCCAUCCAAUCACAAACACUUCGCCGUACACGGUGGUCGAAACAAUGUCGCUUGCAAAGGCCGCAGUCCUGUUCAGGGCACUAGGGCUAAGACACCUGCUGGUUGUGCCAAAGACCCCAGGGAGAUUUCCUAUCGUUGGGAUUCUCACCAGGCACGAUCUCAUGCCGGAGCAUAUCCAUGGGCUGUUCCCCAAUCUCCGCAAGUCACACUGAGAAGCAAAAUCAGCAGACCAUGCACAAUUUUCUUGUACGUGUUGUUAUUUCUCAUGAAAGGUGCUGCUUCAUUGGAUCAUGGAAUAAUCAAUCUGAUAUGUCUAUUGUAAAGAGUUGAUUCCCUAUCAGCAGUUGAGUGGGUUUCAUUUUGGCAGCUUGUGAUCUUUGUGUAACAAAAACAAUCCUCUCCUUGUCAGUACAUGUUCUCUUUCUCUCUU